ACUCGACAUCUGCAUCUGUCCAGGUACGAAGUUAAUUGCAAACCUGGAGCACAGACCGCAUCCUACAAACACCGGGUUAUUCCGAGCCACCAGGGAUCAAAACCAUAGUUAAGCUAAAAUUAUCCUCUUCGGGCAUAAGUUGGAUUAUUCAUCUUUCUGAGCUGAAUUGAGUUUCAUUUCUUCCUGACAAAAUGCAGUAUCUCCUUGCUUUCUUGUCACUCACUGCUGUUAUCACCUCCUGCUAUUGCGUUCGAAUACCACUUUUCUCCACCCUCCGUCAUCUUCAACAUGAGAUUGAUAAUCUAAAGGGUGAGGUAUUUCUUCUUCGCCAGGCACAGGAACAAUGUCACCCUACUGAUGACCAUCAAGAUGGAAAGAAUACAGACGCGACUGUUACUGUCAAUUUCGCCUCAUGUCGUCUCACCAAAAACGAGAACGGGGAGAUUGUUGGCAGAGUCGAUCUUCGAGAACAGGAAGGGAGUUCGAAGGUGCUUCAGAUCCGUCUUCAGGUUGAUGGUGCGAAGCUCCCUUUGGAAGCAAACAGUAAACAUGGAUUUCACGUACACGCCUAUGGUAACAUCAGCGGCUCGUGCUCAAACACAGGAGGUCAUUACAAUCCAGAAGGUGUGCUUCAUGGAGGACCGACCUCAACUCAGAGACAUACUGGCGAUCUCGGCAAUGUUCAAGCAGAUGCUUCGGGGAAUAUCAAUGUGAGUUUCAAUGAUACUCAUGCAUCACUUACAGGAGACAACGCUAUCAUUGGACGAGCAUUUGUGCUUCAUGCUGGAGAAGACGACUUGGGCACUGGCGGAGACGCGGGAAGUCGAGCGACGGGUAAUGCUGGAUCUCGAUUGGCGUGCUGUGUCAUUGGAUGGGCUUCUGGUACAGAUUGGACCAACUAAAUAACUGUUUCAUAUUCUGCUAUUUCUAUAAGAUAAAUAAUUAUCAUAAGUCAUGAUAAUGUUUAUUAAUACACCUGUUUUUACAUUUGAUAUUACUCUUUUGUACAACUUCUACUUUUAUAUUUUUGGUCCUAACCUAUCAUUAUUUUGAUGUGAUGCUAGAUGGUUCUUUCUAUUAAUAUAGGAAAUAUCGAAUGCUCGUCUUAAUUUUGGAAUUGUGUAUAUAAAUACGGAAUAUAGAACAAGAAUUUUUCAUGCAAGUCGUUCACUCAUUAGACCUUGAAAUACAACCCCAAAAUACUGAGCAUUAUUGGAAUGGGGGGGGGGGGGGGGUGACUCAGUCCCGCACAACGGUGUUGUCCACUCUUGUGAUGAGAAAGAGGGAAAAUAAUGAUUAUCGAGUAAUUUCUUUGUUGUAAGUUAUGGGCUUUGAAAAUAAUUCUGUCAAACUUUGCAAAAUACAAAUUAUUUAGAUUGUGUUAGUAAUUUAAUUUUGCCAGAGGCUUUGUCAUAUACUUGUAGUCAUAAUUCUGUCUGUCAGACAAAUAGAUAUAGACACUGGUUGCAUUAUAUUUUCAUUGUAUAUAUUUGUGUAUAGCUGCAUCUUGUUCUACACCUUUUAUUCACAAUGUAUCAUCCAAUCAAAAUGCUAUUAUAUUCACGAUGACUAGUGCGGGGUAUUGUGUUGUAAUAGAAGACUCAUCUUUUUUUUUUAAUAUUAUAAAUAAGAAAUGGCAGAUUAGGAACAAAAAUUUGAAAACAAAUUUUACAUUUACUAUUUUAGGAAAAUUACAGAGUAAAAAAGAACUAUUCGCAUGAUUAUAUCUGCCACAUUGUAUUAGGAUAAAUGUAUUGUUUGCAUGCAGCAUUACAAAUCAUUGGUCAUUGACACUUUUUCAGUACAUCCAGUUAGCCAUAUUUAUCUCAACUCUAGCCUUCAUCUAAUUAAAAGAUAAUUGUUAUUGUUUUUAACCAUAUUCUCUAGGAAGGAUAACAGUUAGCAUCAAAAUGUUUAAACAUGCAUAAAGUUGUCAGUUUUUCCCUAUUUGGUUAAUAAGUAUAUUCGACUGUAUUAGCGAAUCCAUCUGAAGGAGAUUGCACAUACGGUGUGCGUGAUAAGCCCCAAAUAAAUAUAAUCAGUAUUUUCACAUUAAUUCAAUGUUUAAAGACUUAAUUAUUUCAUCAUGGAAAUUGAACAUAUAAUCUUCGGGAUAACCGUAAUUUAUAAUGUUUGAUGUGAUUUCGUGAAUGUAUAUUAAAAUAUAAAAAAGAAGAAAUACGUACAUGUACAUAAGCUAAUAAUAUUAAAGGGAUAAUCAAAUUGACGGUGUCAUGAGAACAAA